ACAGUAGGGAAAAAGAAAUUAGUGUAAGUCAAUGGAGUAUGUAAUAUAUAGCUGACCAACCACCCUUUCCCCACUCAAGUUUUGCCUCAUUAUUAGGUGGAGAACCUCUGAACUUUACCACCUAAUAUUUUCUCCACGUAACAAAGCCAAACAAUAACGUUAUUGUUUGUAUUCCUAAACAAACAGUAUAUAGGUGAGGUGCAAAAGGGAGGGAGGGAGCCCCCAUUUCUUCUUGUAGUACACAUUGCAGCAAAACAAUUUGUCAAGUAGUAGUAUCUUUAAUUGCCUGCCGGCUGGGCGGGAGGAGAUAUGGGUGACCAUCAGAGAAUAAGAAUUCACCCCGAGGUGGAAGCGCCACCACCUCCGCCUACUCGGCCUUUAGUCCCCCGAGGAUCCUUCCGGUCGGAAAAGGGCGACCCAUCUACUCAACCAUGGCAUCCCCAAAAGGGCAGAAGAAGAAGCUGUUGUUGCAAGUGCAUGUGCUGGACAGUUAGUGUGAUUGUUAUCCUCUUCAUCAUUAUAGCAGCAUGCGCCGGCAUUCUCUACCUCGUAUUCCAACCUAAGAUCCCCAAGUACUCGGUGGACAACCUUAGGAUAUCAGAUUUGAGAGUGAACCCCCUGGACAUGAGCCUCUACGCCAAGUUCAACGUCAGAAUCACAGCCCAGAAUCCCAACAAGAAAAUCGGGAUAUACUACGAGAGAGGGAGCCGGUUGAGCGUGUGGUACAAGACCACAAAGCUGUGCCAGGGAUCACUGCCGAAGCUGUACCAAGGGCACCAGAACACAACAGUGCUAGGGGUGGCCUUGUCGGGGCAGUCGCAGUACGGUAACACCUUGCUGUCUGCACUGCAAGAAGCGCAACAAACUGGAAGAGUUCCUUUAGAUCUGAAGAUUGAUGUGCCGGUAAGAAUCAAGGUAGGGAGGUUGAAGUUGAUGAAGGUUAGGAUAUUAGGAGACUGCAUGCUCAUUGUUAAUAGCUUAUCUACUAAUAGUCUCAUUAGCAUUAAGGCCAGCACUUGUAAGUUUAAGCUUAAGCCUUAGUUAAAACAUCUAUGUAUACUGUUGUUGUUGUUUUUUUUUUUUUUUUAAUAUCAUUAUUGUUGUUGUUUUCAAUUGGAAGUCUUAAUCAAGAGGUGCUAUUCUUUGAUUAGUUUA